AUGGUUCGUGUGAUCAUUCCACAGAGUUUUGAAGACUAUAGUAUCCAGGUUUGUCAUGUGGCAAUCCUGGGUUCUGUAGCUGAAACUGAACCCACGGGAAUCCUGGGUACAGUUUCAGCUACAGAGGUCCUAAUCGCCCUGGCUGUUUUCUGCCUCCUCUUCGCUGCCCUCCAGUCCUUCCAGAAACAGAUUCCUCAGGGUCUAAAGAGAAUCCCUGUACCAUGGGGCUAUCCCUUGACUGGCAACAUUCUGGAAGUGGGGAAGAACCCCCAGCUCAGCUUGACUUGAAUGAGCCAGACCUAUGGAGAUAUCCUGAUGAUCCACAUUGGGACAAUGCCAAUAUUGGUGCUAAGUGGGUUGGAGACCAUCAAGCAAGCUCUAGUGAGGCAAGCAGAGGACUUCAGGGGACAUUCUGACAUUUACAGCUACCGCAGUGUGGCAGAUGGCCAGAGCCUGUCUUUCAGCAGGGAUUCUGGAGAGGUGUGGCUUGCCCAUCGGAAACUUGCCCAGGAUGCCUUGAAAACCUUUGCUUCCUCGCCCAGUCCCAUCUCCAUCUCCAUCUCCACCUGCCUCUUGGAAGAUCAUGUCUCCAAGGAGGUCAACUAUCUGACCACAAAACUGCAGGAGGUGAUGCUUGCAAAGAACUGUCUUGACCCCUAUCCUUACCUUGUGGUCUCCGUGGCCAAUGUGGUUUUAGCCAUAUGCUUCAGCAAGCGUUAUGACUACAAUGAUGAGCUCCUUAGCACUGUGGACCACAGCGACCAGAUUGUGGAAACUGCAACCUCGGGAAACCUAUGUGACUUCAUCCCUGCUCUUCGGUAUCUUCCAAACAGGAGCAUGAAAAAGUAUAAGAUAUGUAACAAUAACUGGUUUAUUCACAUCCUGCAGAAGAAUAUUAAAGAGCACUAUGAGAGCUUCAGAAAGCUGAGACAUUACGACCACCUCCGUGACAUCACUGAUUCUCUGAUCAAGCAAAGCCGGAAACAGAAAGUGGACCCAAAAGUGAAAAUUCAGCUCCCAACCAGAGAAAUUGUGAACCUUGCCAAUGACAUUUUGGGGGCUGCUGCAAGACCCACUUUGCUGCAAGAACUGCAAUUCGGCGUUCUUGAUGGGGUGAUGGUAGACAUGACCCCUCUCUACAGCCUCUCCGUGAGGCACAAGCGAUGCAAGCACCUCCAAGCGAAACAGCGUUUUCCAAAAAGAAUGGACUAA